UAUAUAUAGGUGUUCCAUGAUUCAAUGUGGUUCGAUUAAGUGUUUUGUGGCUGGAGUUCUCUUGUUCAGAGAUCUGUGGCUCAUAUAUUCCGUUCAACCGACAGCGAGUUUUGUUCGUAUAGUAGCAGGCGCCCUGCAUCAGCACUAGCUGCUUACGCAAGAACGUAAAUAUAUGAUCGCUGUCGAGUAAGAGAAAAGUAAUAUCUGUUCCAGCUGUUCCAAACGAUGGCCAGCAGUUCUGAACAAGCUGAAGGCGCUUCAGAAGAGGAGCAAGCGAAACAGGUGAAAGCCUGGCUUCAUAAGAUGCUGAAAAAAGACCUAAAUUUCAGAAUGGACGAGAAAAUGUUCAUCGCUUUGCGCAAGCUAAUGACUCUACAAGAAGCUGCUGAGGCUGACGCACGUGACCAAAUCAAAGUUCUGGAAGCAAGAUCCAAGUUUUUCGUCGAGAAAGCUGAACGCUUAGAAGCUGGUCUCCGAGCUGGAAACAUCGCACCAGAACAACUGCCCGAAGAAGCGUGCAGCACCCUUAAGGAACUGGCACAAGCAGGGACACUUCUAGACUGUCAUCAUUUGGACACAGAAAGAUUUGAAGAAAAGCUUGUAAGGCUUUGUCAAGAACACGAUCAACUGCAGGUCCAGCGGUCUGAGCUACAAGCCAGUGUGGAAAAUAUUGACCGUCUCACCCAUACGAUGGAGCAGCACCUGUCAGAGGUGGUCGACAAAAACAAAGAAGCUGAUGAGGAAUGGAAACCGAGGGAUUGGAAAACACUUGAGAAAAGAUACAGGUCAAAACUGACCACACUGAAGGAACAUCAAGGCAGCAACAAGAAACUCGCAGAAUUUUCCCACAUCCUUGCCAUCUCUAAGGAACUCGAGCACGUUGAACUGCAGAUAGAGGACGCGGAGAACGAGCUUCCCUCACGUGAAUUACCUGCGGAUGAGGAAGCAAUUAAAGAGGCCCUUGAUUCUUUAAAAAACACAUAUGAUGAAUUGGACAAGGCCUUCAUAAGGAACUUGGAAAAAGCUCGAGCCGAACAGGCUGAAGAAGAGGAAGCAUCAUCAUCAUCAGAGUAGUACAAGCAUCUGCCUUUUACAAGAUCACAGCGGGAGCUUGUCUUCUGCUCAAUACACCAGAUUUGACAAAGCCAUGGUGCACUUAUGUGAUGCUAGUGUCGGCUUCGUGAGAAUCUGCAGAUUGCUUUGCCUAGAGCAAUUCUCAUACUUAUUUCCUGAAGUUGUUCUUUCGAACCACAAGAGUGCUUUAACGUGCCGUGCAUCAAAAUAGCCAAAUUACAGUGGCAUUGCAUUCAGUGGCAUAUUGCAUGCCAGUUCUCAUAAAAUAUGCUAUAAAAGAAUCUUUAUGCAUAGUAAACAUGUCAGUUUCUCGUCGUAGA